AGGUCACAGGGUUGUCAUGUUUCAUAUUGUGCGAUUAGCAAAACAACAAAAAAAAAAUUAAAACAUAAACAUAAACAAACACAAGCAUAGGGAGCGAGCGAAACGAAUCGAAACCAUGGGUUUUCCGCGCAUCCUCAGCAAGAAUAACAAGAUCUAUACGAAGCUGGGUGAGUUCUGUCUGUCGGGGGACAGCUUCUGGAUUGUUUGCCACACGUGCCAGGAGGAGUUGCAGACGCAGGACCAGUUCUGGAAGCACAUACAGGAUGAACACAACUUCCUGCACGGGGUGGCCAAGCAGGAUCACAGUCGGACCUCAAGCUACUGCCUCACGGACGUGGAGGCUGCCGCGGCGGCGGCCACGCCUGGCGGGAGCUCCCAGCAAGGUGCAACGGCAGUGAGCGUUCCAUUGGCCCUCUACCACUGCUCCACCAAGUACUCCGAGGAGGAGCAGCGCGAGGUUGAACUGCACGAGCAGCAGGUCCAAGUGCAGCAGCAGCAGCAGGUGCAGCAGCAACAGCAGGCUCAUCAGCAGCACCAGGCCCACCAGCAACAGCAGGCCCACCAGCAGCUCCAGCAGCAACGCGAUAUGGCCAAGGAGCUGGCCGAGCUGCAUGCCAACGCGGUGGCCGCCGCAGCAGCUGCCGCAGGUGGCGUUUCCACCGCCGAGGGAAGCACCCGCAGCAACAGUGGCAUCGAUAUAAAGAUAGAGCCCACCAGCCUCACACUAACACCCGAAAUGCAGGCUGCUGCAGCAGCUGCCGGCACAAUUUACCACUUGCCCCAGCUAGUUCCGGCACCGGUUCCGCCUCCGCCGCCCACGCCGGGGUUCGUGAGUGUCAGCGCCAGCACCAGCACGUCCAACACGGUCAGCACAACACCGCCCAACGUGCUGCAGCAGCAACAGCAACAACAACAGCAACAGCAACUCAACAUGGCCGUGGUUCCAACGACGGCAAUGGCCGCCGCCAUGCUAACCGCCAAUCAGGAGCAGCUGCCCAAGGAUUCCAACAGCACGACGGCAAGCGCCGGGAGCGCAGUGUCCUCGGAUGACGGAGAGCGCUGGUACGUCUGCGACUACGAGACAUGCGGGCUGAAAUUCAAGUACAAGUCCAGAAUGGAGCUGCAUCGGGUGGUGCACAGCAAGGAGCGGCGGUUCAACUGCGAACUGUGCAGUGCCUCCUUUAAACAGUCGUGCAAUCUGUCCACUCACCGCAAGAAGAAGCAUGCGCUGAGGGGCAUUAAAAAUGAAAUACUGCCGCAGCGCUUCUAGAUGGAAGAUUGCACUACCGCAGCCUUAAGAUCCCUCGUUUGCCUCCCAUCACUUGUUCAGCUCACUGCAAUGCAAGUCAGUCGCUAGGACUCGUUUCUAGACUGCAACUCCCACUUCCGGACCGGCAGCUUCAACCUACUUUUUUUUUAAAUUAGUUUACAAAUCCACGUUUGCCUGCCACAUGUUCUUACCUUUAAAAGCCUUUAAAAAAGUAUACAAAUGUAAGUUUCCCAAAUCACAAAUCGGUCGGCUCGACGUCAAUAUACAUUGUCGAGAUUUAAAUUUCCAAAGCAAUUUGUUACCGUUUGUGACACAAAGAUACAUGUCCUGAGAAAAUCUAGAUUUAAAAGGUUUUGUAAGGCACUCUUUAAAAACCCUGAUUGUAAAUGAAAAACUUUCCUGUUGCAACAAUAUGGUGGCCGGCAAGCGUUCUUAUAUAUACAUAUAUAUAUAAAUAUAUAAAUAAUUGUAUCUAAUGUAGGCUUAGUUUCCCAUGUAAAUGUAAUGUUAAUGUUUGAGUGGGGUUAUGUUAACCUCCCAUUAACUUUUGCGCUCUAGAUGUAUGUAAAUGCAAUUUUUAUAUACAGAUGUGUCCCUGAUAAUUUCAGAGACGGUUGGGCUGAAUCCUAACCAAAAAAUCUGAUGCUGUCCCACUUUUUAUUUGAAAUGUUUUGAAGUAAAUUUGCUGAGUCUUUGGGUGCGAUUUUUCAAAGAACUUUUAUUGGUUUUCAAAUGUUUAUUUAAAGUUAAAUACGUUUUUGGGGCCACCAAGACUUAUUUUUGGUUGGAUUCAGCUUUACGAGAUUGCAGGGAGACACAAUUGUUCAGUUAGUUUAGUACGACACAAAUGAUAAAUAACUUUUAGAUUAAACAAUUAAUUACCAGCCACAGUAAAACCGCAACACCAAGCGAAAAUGAAAAUACAUAAAAAAACACUGUUAUAAAAUCAAAAGAUUAUUGUCUUUUGGUUGAAAAGAUCAUUUCCUUAAGCUGGUUUGUGGUUUUCUCCAUGAAAUAAUACGGGUUUUGUCUUGCCAUUUUCCUGCUAAAAACUUCAAUACCAUUAGCAGAUGAAAAGAAAUUAUAAUUUGUGUGAAAAUUUUUAAAAAUCUUUAUAGUUUUUGUUUCCUUUCUAUGUUCAAAGAAAUUCUUCGGUGCUAGAUGUUCACAUUUUGGGUGAACAUUGCAUUAUUAUAUAUCCUUGCAAAGGGUAUUGUAAAUCAGAUCAGUGUAUGAAAAUCGACCUAUAUUUUUUAUUAAAUACAGUCAUGUCCGCCUUUUUAUAUACAGUAUGCAAGCUAAGUUUAAAGGCGUUAAAACAAGAAAGGGAGCUGGUUCGGCAAGAAUAUUCGUAUAAUCAAAGAAAAACAAAAAAUCUAAGACUAUAUCAUUCAUUCAAGAUUUGUAACAAGAUUUUGUCCAAUUGUUGGUCUGAUAUUUGUCAGCUAAUAAGGUAAACU